AUGCCCUCCCUCUCCUCGCCCACCAGCCGAACCGGCGCCGACAACACCAAUACCAAUAACAACCCAGCACCACCGCGCCCAACACCCUCAAAAUCAAAAUCCUCGUCCUCCUCGCUAUUGUCUUCGCGCCGACGGACCGGCGGCGGCAAGGGCUCGGCCUUCUCGCACCAAUUCCGGCUCAACCGGCAGCGGACCGAGACCGAGGCGCUGCUGGCGACGCAGCACGACGAGGAGGACUUUGCCGACAGCGACGGCCUGUACCCGCCGCAUUGCACGUGGACGAGCCUCGAGCAGGACCGGCUGGGCGGCCGCCCGCCGCGCGAGGCAGACCCCUUUGGCAACGCGCAUUGUAAUGUCUAUGAGAAUAUUCAUCGCAUCCGGAGGGAUAUCAUCACGAGUAUCGACGAUCCCUACUCUCUCGACCAGCUCAAAGCGCCGCGCAUGAACAUCUCUGUCGUGCGUCCCUUGGUCGAUUCACUCUACGAGACGAACGACUUAUCAAUCGUGUACUGCCUCCUCGUCAACCGAAUGCAAUUCAUCCGUGAACAAUCCUAUGCAACACACCAUCAGACGGUAAACCUCACGCGCGCGCUUCUAUGUGAGCUCGUCGCCGAAAAGAUCCUCCGUCGAUACAACGAACACAAUCCGGGGCCCAGGGGGCUCCUCAAACUGGCUAACAUCCUCGUUGCGGGCUUCGAACCGUUCCAAGGUGCGCCUGAAGAGGUGACCAAGCAGAGUCAGCACGCCAUGCAUUACUGGGCCGCGCAGCGGAAGUCCAAGUCGGGCAAGGUGGAGAGGAAAUUGACCGCCCUGGAGGUCGCCAUUGUCAGCGCAAGCAAGUCCUUCUUGGCGAGCAGCGCGUGCCAGAAGGUCGUCGACGCCAUCUAUCGUGGCAAGGUCGUGUAUACGCCGAGCAGUUUUAUCGACAUUAUCCCGGACCACUGGAAGAAAAGGCCCAUUUCCCUCUAUGAUCCACGACGCGCUCCGUUGCUGAAUCAGUACAGAUUGAUUGUGCCGCGGACGAGGAACUUGAUCGAGGUGUGCCAGUUUGCCGUCUUGCUGGGGUUGUACAUUGCCGUUAUGGCCAGGAGGGAAAACCGGAUGAAUACUGAUUAUCAGAUUCUCGAGAUGGUGUUUGAUGUUUAUGGUGCUGGUUGGGUACUCGAUCAAUUCGCUUCUAUACUCGAACACGGUUGGGGCGUGUAUACACAGAAUCUGUGGUCGUUCCUCGAUGUCCUGUUCUCGACAAUUUUCAUGAUAUACCUGGUCUUACGAAUUUACGCCUUCUCGAUUGUCGACGAGGAGAAGUCCAUUACUUUCGCCCGGACUGCCCUUGACAUCCUUAGCUGCGGUGCCCCGGUGCUCGUUCCUCGAUUGGCAUUCAACGUCAUGUCUGAGAACAUGCUGUUUCUCUCCCUGAGGGCGAUGAUGUCUGAUUUCUUGACAUUGACCGCUCUGGCCGUGUGGUGUUUUGCUGGGUUCCUCCUGAGUCUCAAGUGGUUGCAUGCUGGAGCGCAUCAGGCGGUGACAAUCGGAGAGUGGAUGAUUUGGAUCUGGUUCGGUCUGGACGGGACCGGUAUCGACCAGUCACCAGACUUCCAUUGGCUUCUUGGGCCCGUCUUGAUGGUUUUGUUCGCUUUCCUGGGGAACACGUUGUUCUUGACCGUCCUUGUCUCAAUGUUGACCAACACAUUCAGCGGCAUCGUCAGCAACGCCGUGCAAGAAAUCCAGUUUCGACGAGCAGUCCUCACCUUUGAAGGGGUCAAGUCAGACGCAAUCUUCGCGUACAUGCCACCCUUUAACAUCCUGGCCCUGGUCCUCAUGCUCCCUAUGAAGUGGAUACUCUCAGACAGAAUGUUCCACAAGAUCAACGUCGCAGCGGUCAGGACCAUUAACUUACCAACGUUAUUGAUUGUUGCAUGGUAUGAGAGGAGAACACUAUGGAUGUCUGACAAGCGGAAAAUUUCAAGCAGCAAGAAAAUCGAUUGGAAGAACCCCGGUGGACCUCGAGCCACACCUGCACAAUACUGGGCGCUCUCAAGGUUUAGUGUACAUGGAGAUAUCCACGCAGUGUUCGACAUUGAUCCGCCACAGUCAGUACUGGACAAGAUUGCCGAAGAAGAUAAUUUGAAUCACAGCGACGAUAUGGGGAUCCUAUCCAACACCAGAUUGCAGGGUCAAUUUACGCAAUUAGCGGAGGAAAGGAGGGCGAGCCAGACAAUCGAUUCGAACCGAAGGCCGUCGGUUAGUCCGCGGACAAAGAAGAAAGACAGAAGGGAUUCAAUGGCAGAGGCAAACGCAAGAAGAGAGUCCCAAGUCGACCAGAAGCUGAAAAAUCAGUUUCGUGAUUCGAGUGACGAGGGAGCGGACGAGGGGCAACAUCCGGCCGGGUAUCGAAAGCCAAGCAGGCGUCAAAGAAUUGAUUCACUGGUUGACUUGGGCGGUGAUCAAGACGCCCGACUAUUGGAGGCGACGGCAAGACUGCACAAAAUAGAAGACACCUUGGAAAAAAUGGAAGCUAUGCUUUCUCAGCUACUUGGGGGGGAUGCCAGUAGCGAGAAUAGCGAGGGGCGGGAAGAGCUGGCCCAGGAAAUAAGGGACAACUCGAUCAAGUGA